CAAUUAGGUUGUUAAUGACAGUGAAUUAAUUUAUUUUAGCUAUAAAGAAGAUUGGGCGGUGAAAGGGGUUUCCGUGUGGAGUUCGUAUGCAUCUUUUCCUUGUGCCGUUUGGCAGGGUUUAGGAGUUGGGGUGGAAAAAUAAGCGACUGGAUUUACGAUGGUUCAGUUAUUCCUAUCCGAACCACUGUGCAAUGAUAAUGGAGUUAGUGAUGUUGCUAAACAGAGAUUAUCUCUUUUGAAGAAAUUAGAAUCCAUUAUCUGGACAUUGAUUGCAUCUAGUGGCCGCUCUGAGGCUCGUUUAUGGCUUUGCAACACCAUAUCAUGUAUAAGUUCAAUCACUCCCAAUCAGCAGUGCAAUGUAUUUGUUAACUUAUUGAGUUCUAAGCAGCCAAAGCGGGCUCUUGCGGCACAACUCUUGAAGCUGAUCUUUGAAAAGAGGCCACAAAAAACUGGGAAAAUUAUAGCCAAGAAAAGUUACAUGGUGGAGAAAUUCUUUAAAGGAAAUCCACGACGUAUAUUGCUUUGGUUCGAUAAUUUUUCCCACAGUGGUAAAAUUGGACACAGAAAGGGUUCUCGGGCGCUAUCCCAGUUUGCUUUUGUGAAUCGGGACAUCUGUUGGGAGGAGCUUGAGUGGAAGGGAAAACAUGGUCAGUCACCUGCAAUGGUUGCCACAAAGCCUCAUUACUUUCUUGAUUUGGAUAUUCAGCGAACAGUGGAGAAUUUCCUUGAAAAUGUGCCAGAGUUUUGGUCUUCAGAUGAGCUCGCAGAAUCAUUAGAAGAUGGUGAGAUUCUGCACAUAGAUACUAAUUUUUUUGUGGAUUAUUUUGUUGAUUUGAUGUAUAAGGAGGAUUCUGCAGAAGUAUGGCAACUGAUAAACGAGUUCUUGAAAGAGGAGUCAUUCUCUGUUCUCUGUCACCAUCUUCUCAUUGUUCUAGAAGAGCGGGAUCUUUGUGCUUUCUUGGGCUUAAUUGGUGAAAUGUUUUCCCCUAGAAUGGAUUCCAAGGAGUUCGGUCACCCAUCCUAUUGGCUAGAAAUUAUAUUAUCUAGGUGCAAUGGUUGUGUACCUAUUGAGGACUUACUCUUAUUAAAUGCGGCUAUCAAUCAAGGCCGUGCGCUUAUACGGCUUAUUCAAGAUGAGGAGGAGGAACAAAAAGGAAAAAUCAAGGAUCUUGUUUUCCAGAUCUGUGCAACCUCGACCAUCAUCAAUCUUUGGGCCUCACUCAUGAAAGAAUUCUUGAGGAUGAAGAAGGCAGAAGUGCUAAAAUGGCUGGGGCUUCAGGCUUGGGUUCUGCACUAUAGAUUAUUGGAGGAAUGUAAGAAUCCUGAAUCAUGGGAAGCACUCUUUAUGGAAAACGGAAUAGUUUUCCGCAAGUCUGAUAGUUAUGACUUGCUUUCUCCCGAGGCAUUCUUGGAGGAAAGUGGAUCUGAUUUGGAAUGUGGUGGUUCAAUUAGAGUUAGGAGAAAAAAGAAAGCAACAACAAGACAGAAAAAGAGGAAAAGGGAUUAUUGUCUUGAUGUAGACAAUGACAACGAACUGGUAGAUUUUGAUUUAACAGGUGGACGGCAGGAUUUGCAAUCUAGAACUGGAAAUUGGUUGCUCUCUACUGAUGAUUUCUCUUCUUCAUGGAAUACUGUGGAUUUGCCAGAGCACUUAGCUAAGCACUGCUUUUCUACAUGGGUGAAAUGUGUUUCUUGCCAAAGGAAUUCUGUUGCUUAAUCUUUUUUGCAAUGGAUUUAGUAUCUAGAUUAUCAAUGGUGGGAUACUGCUGCUACCUCCUCCUUAGUUGGAUGUUUGUAAGUGAAGCGUAAGGUUGGACUCUUUCUACUGUAACUGGAGUCUACAAAUUCUUUGGGUUAAAUGAGGUGGUAUGCUGGGGAGAAGAGCAAUUGAGGCAGCGCUUACCGUCACUGCAGCUGAAGAUAUAUUACUGGUAAAAUUUUUAUCUUUGAUCUUGUUCCUCACACCUAAGGUCAAGAACUAUAUCCUGUGGUCCAUAAAGUUUAUCUACCAGAUGGUUAGGACAUCCAGUUAAAUUUAAUGACCAUCGAGAUGUUGUGGAUGGAACUCACACAUUGAAUGAUAGGUCUUCCUACUACAUGCUGUAGUCUGGAUUAUAGCCUACUAGAAUUGGUCGGUAGAUCGCAUGGUCUUCCCACUGCAUGUGGAAGUAAACAUCUUCAGAAACUCUGUGCUCUUUGUAGAACUGGUUUUUGGACAAAACCAUUUUGUAUGUGGUUGCCUCCAAUUUGCAGAUUGGUGAGCAUUGGUUGUAAUGGCCUAGCUGAUACCAAUUCUUUAUUCUAUCAACUUGCUUCUGAACUUUAAGUGGGUGACAUUAAAAGGUUAGUUUGUUCGUUUAAAAGAAUUCACUUUUCAGUUUU